CACCUUCUGCGUCUGCAACAACUUUGCACGCUUAGCAAGAUGCUGCAGCUUUUGAUAACAUGUUGGAUGCGCAGCCGCAAGAGUAUGGUAGGAUGUAGAAGGAACUCCGGGAAGCAGCUCUCUAAAGCCUGGCAGACUUGGUCUUUCUUCAUUCUAGACAAAUGGACGCAAACAACAACAACGAUGCGGACUUCCAUUCCGACUCUGCUGCAGAAAUCGACGACGUUGAUUCGGCCAUGCUUGAUACCCAUACCUCAGCAGAAUUUGUGGCAGUCUCCGGCGCGGCAUUCUUAGAGCCUGCUCAAGAGGCAGAACUCUCUCAGAUCACCAUAAUGGGCGGCGAUGAUUUCGUUCAUUUCUUCAGUAAAAUCAGCAUUUUUCAGAUCCAGGUUUCCUUUGCCCUCGAUGAGGAAUCAACCUUAAGAAAACACGUACCCUCUGGUAACAGUCCAGACCAACCAACGUCGUUUCUUUGCUAUUGCAAAAAGGGCUGCGGAAACCGCUCAUGGAGUCGACAGGCUUUCAAUGACCACGAGAUCGAUUGUACAGGUGAACCAAGUACCAAACGCUUCAAGUGUCCACACCUGGGAUGAGAUAAGAGUUAUAAGAA